GCCGAGGAGAGGAGGCAGUCAGUCGUUCGCCGCCCGUCUCCGCGCCGUGUUUUCACUUUAUUCCAAGUGGUGAAAGAAAAAGAUAGCCUUGCUUUGUACACCGAGAGCAACCUCUUUUCGCGGAUCCAUGGUUUGCUAGCCGAGUAUUCUUCUUUUGGGAUUUACUUUUUCGCAAAUCGUCGGCCCACCAAGAUGAUGCCCAGGCAUCACGAAAUGUUCAGCUGGACCAUUGGCGGUGACAGCGAGGGCAACAUGCCGGCGACGACGGAGCCUGACCUGGUGGCGACCGAGAACGGCGGCGCCAACCUCAGAAUCGCAGAAUUGCAGAAUCGCAGCAUGAGCAACGCGUGGAACCGGCGGCAGAACGCGGUGUGCGUGCGCCACGCGUUCAAGCACUACGGCUCCAACAAGAAACCCAACGUGGUCCUCAGCAACCUCAACAUGACCGUGGCCAAGGGCACCAUAUAUGGUCUGCUCGGCGCCAGUGGUUGCGGCAAAACCACGCUGCUUUCGUGCAUCGUGGGCCGCCGCCGACUGAACACGGGCGAAAUCUGGGUGUUGGGCGGAAAGCCUGGCUCCAGGGGCAGCGGCAUUCCCGGCAAGCGGGUCGGCUACAUGCCCCAGGAGAUCGCCCUCUACGGCGAGUUCUCCAUCAAGGAGACGAUGAUGUACUUCGGCUGGAUCUUCGGCAUGGACUCGAGUGAGAUCAUGGAACGGCUGCAGUUCCUCCUCAGCUUCCUAGACCUGCCCAGCCAAAACCGUCUGGUCAAAAACCUCAGUGGAGGUCAGCAGCGCCGAGUGUCUUUUGCCGUCGCCCUGAUGCACGACCCUGAGCUUCUAAUCCUUGACGAGCCGACCGUCGGCGUCGACCCGCUCCUCCGUCAGAGCAUCUGGAACCAUCUGGUGCAGAUAACAAAGGACGGCAACAAGACCGUCAUCAUCACCACACAUUACAUCGAAGAGGCCAGACAAGCGCACACAAUUGGCCUGAUGCGCAAUGGCCGUCUUCUGGCCGAGGAGUCGCCCCACGUGCUGCUCUCGAUGUACGGCUGCCCAACCCUGGAGGAAGUUUUCCUCAAGCUGAGCAGAAAGCAAGGGACCAGCAGCAGCGCCAACUUGGCCGAGCUCAAUGUUUCUAACAACAUUUCUCUGGCCUCUCUCAAUUGGAAUCGCAAGGACGAUCCCGUUUAUGUGACUGACGAGAGUGGUGUGAUUGGACUCAACUUCCACCAGUCCAAAGAAGUGCUCAUUACUGACAGCAUCAAUGGACAUUUAGAUACAAUCCACUCCAAGACUUCUAAGGCAACAACUAAGAUUGAAGAGGCUCUGGACUGUGAUGAUUGUGGUGACUGCGCCUCCGACUGCUUCAAAAUCACCACCAGGGGCAAGAUGAAGGCCCUUCUGCAGAAGAACUUCCUCAGAAUGUGGCGUAAUGUUGGUGUGAUGUUGUUCAUCUUCGCCCUGCCUGUGAUGCAAGUCAUUCUGUUCUGCUUGGCUAUUGGACGCGACCCCACCGGACUCAAAAUGGCAAUUGUUAACCACGAAUUCAACGGAACGCAGAGGGAAUGUCUCCCGAUGGAAGGAUGCAACUUUGUCGACCUCGGCUGCCGGUACUUACAACAUUUGAACAACAACUCGAUAGUACAGGUUUAUUAUCCGGAUACUGAAAGUGCGAUAGAGGCGGUUCGGUCAGGUAAUGCCUGGGGCGCUCUGUACUUUACAGAGAACUUCACGGACGCUUUGGUUGCUCGAAUGGUGCUGGGCCGAGACGCUGACGAAGAAACUUUGGACCAAAGUGAAAUUCGGGUCUGGCUCGACAUGUCCAACCAGCAAAUUGGACUGAUGCUAAAUCGAGACUUGCAAUUCUCAUACCGAGAUUUUGCUCAAAACCUCCUUUCCGCUUGUGACCAGAAUCCCAAACUGGCUGAUGUGCCAAUCCAGUUCAAGGAGCCCAUCUAUGGCAGUACUGAUCCCAGUUUCACCGAUUUCGUUGCUCCUGGUGUCAUUCUGACAAUUGUCUUCUUCCUUGCUGUGGCCCUGACGUCUUCGGCGUUGAUCAUCGAACGGAUGGAAGGUUUGCUGGACAGAAGUUGGGUUGCUGGUGUGACUCCAUUUGAGAUUCUAUUCUCGCACGUCAUCACCCAGUUUGUGGUCAUGUGCGGCCAAACCGCGUUGGUGCUCGUCUUCAUGAUCGCCGUCUUUGGCGUUGAAUGCAAGGGAGACAUCGGAUGGGUGGUGGUGCUCACUAUUCUGCAGGGACUUUGCGGGAUGUGUUUCGGUUUUGUCAUAUCCGCUAUUUGCGAACUUGAGAGAAACGCCAUCCAACUGGCCCUUGGCAGCUUCUACCCAACACUUUUGCUCAGUGGUGUGAUUUGGCCUGUGGAGGGAAUGCCCACAGUGCUCCGUUUCAUCAGCCAGGGUCUGCCCUUGACAAUGGCCACGACCUCGUUGAGGAGCAUGUUGACCCGAGGCUGGGGCAUCGACGAGCCCGACGUCUACAUGGGCUUCGUCUCGACCAUCAUCUGGAUUGUGCUUUUCCUCACCAUCAGUCUCAUUGUGCUCAAAGUGAAGAGAGGAUAGAUACACAAAUAAUUAAUUCUUCAACGUGCGUGUGCUUCUUGCUUAGUGUGUGUUCCGUGAAACUACCUCUUUUGGGAAAAUUACUGCUCUGCUUUACGUAUUACAAAUAUAUUAUUUUUAUUAUAUAUACCAAUUAUAAAAUUUGAGAAAACUUUUACGAGUUCUUGCCGUCAAUCGAGUGUGUUUGUAGUGCUGCGCAAGUGGAUAAAAUUCUAGUAAGAAGCCAUGACUUUAAUAUUGAAAUUUGACGUUAAAAAAAUAAUUGUUUGCCACGCAAAUUGAGGCAAGUAUUUAUUUAAACUGAUGUGCGGGAAAAGAGACAGAAUAGGAAAAGCUCAAUUAAACUUACACACGCGAUUCUCUAUAAUUCGAGAGGAUGAAUGUUUUAAUCUUUUAUUCAGAUUGACAAAAUAAUGUAUUUGUUUCUUCAGUGCUAAUUUCUCUCAAUACAAGUGGUUCUGGAUAAAUUAUUCGUUUAGGUUAAGGAUCAGCUAUUUGAUGCGAAAGAAAUCAGUUAUUUUUCGGUGGAUUUAGGAAAAGUGGAAAUAUAAAUAUACUGUACUGGUCCUGCCAAGCAUCAACUGUGGAAUGUGAUAUAUAAUAGACGUUGUGGGCGCUUCUUGUAGAACUAAUUUUUGAAAUAUUCUAAUUGCACAAUUUUCUUUGCGCCCUUGACGAUGAUGAAUAAUAAUUUCAAAAUUUCGAUCGGAAAUUCGCCUCUGGGUAUUUUGUUUUUUCAUUGAAAUUUUCGUUCUAGACGUAAGUUGUAAAAAGACAGCCAUAAUUAUUGAUUUAUAGACAUAAAUUAUAAUACAGACAUUUGUCUGAUUUUUUUUUUAAAUAACUUCCUCUUUUGAUCAAGUUGACGAGGGGUUUGAUAAAUCAGGUGCUGUGUUUGUCUUCAAACCACACGUCUCCUGCGCUGCGUUUUCGUACUUAUGAUUUAUAAAAGAAUUGAAUUGAGCUCCGUUCCGUUGCUUUCGAAUAGUUUGUGUCAAGUAAUUUUGUGGAAUAACAUAAUUCUCUCUUGAUACAAAAAGAUUGUCGCAACCAUUUUGCGUGUAAAAAGUACUUUUGUAACAGUUAUGUAUUGGAACCCUUACCCGAUAUAAUAAAAAAACAAUUUAUACAUAA